CCGAGGUUGGCUAAUUAGAGAGCCUAAUCCGCUUUAACGGAGGCUGAUGUCAUGUUAGUUUGGCUCACCACAAAUCCCCCUAGAGAUACAAGCAAAGCAUGGGAUGCAGAAGAGGAGAGAGAGAGUGUUUUCCUGCUCUGGAAUUUUUCAUGGACAGUCAGCCUAACAAUAUACGGUAUUUUACAAAUUACAUGAAACUACACUUGUGAUACUAUCGAACUCAAUUGGGACGUCUCUCCGUGAGCAAACCCAUCGAGUAUCAUUUUUUGUCGCCAGCGCCCUGCUGAGAUAUGGGGACUGUGCUCUCAAUAUCCCCUUUAUCAAGCAAAGUGGCCAUUAUUGACGAUGGAGGCAAAUCGGUGUGCGAAGCCAACGGGAAAAGUCUUAAAAAGCGGUCAGUGAUCGUUUCCACGCUGACAUUUAAACGCUUCGUGACUGCACCAUCUAAGAAAACAAGUGUCAAUAAAGUGAAUCCGAAUGCGCCUCCGCAACCAGCCAACAACGGUGACAGUCAAGCGGUUGCGCAUCUGAACCACGAGAAUUUUAAGAAAUCACAACAGUCAACCGACCGGAAAACGAAAAAUGGACCUCUUGCCGUACCGAUCCCGGUUACCACCCAACUUCGGGUUAAUCUCGAUCAGUUGUCUCCGGCGAAGGCGAAGCAGCUGGUGUCGGUUCAGAAACAGCCCAGCAGUCAGUCCCUCAUCUCUUCGAGACGCGUGAUCGUUCAGGCCUCCACCGGGGAGCUGCUCCGCUGUCUGGGUGAAUUCAUGUGCAAACGAUGCUUUAAACUGAAGGAACUCCGUCCAAACGAGGUCAUUCUUUGGUUCCGAAACGUGGACAGGACUCUUUUGUUGCAGGGCUGGCAGGAUCAGGGGUUCAUCACACCAGCCAACCUCGUGUUCGUGUAUCUGCUCUGUAGGGAAACGCUGACCGAUGCUAUUGACAAUCAGCGUGAACUCCAAGGGACCUUUCUGACUUGCCUGUAUCUGGCGUAUUCCUAUAUAGGGAACGAGAUAUCUUACCCUCUUAAGCCCUUCAUGGUCGAGACGAACGAGGACGUUUUCUGGGAGCGCUCAUUGGAUGUAAUCAAUAAACUGAGUGGCAAAAUGCUACAGAUUAACAUAGAUCCGCACUUUUUCACAGAGGUUUUUCAAGAUUUGAAAAACGAAGGGGAUUACAAGACUGAUGCAGACAGAGGAUGUUGGAGUCAGAGGAGAUUCUGUGACUGACAUGAAUGGAUGAAGCAUUCACUACCACCU